UGACCUUUUCCGGUUGUGGGGCCGCGCGGUGAGGACGUUCACUCUAGGCCCGUAGCCAUGCCGUCCAAGGGCCCGUUGCAGUCCGUGCAGGUCUUCGGACGCAAGAAAACUGCCACAGCCGUGGCGCACUGCAAACGAGGUAAUGGCCUCAUCAAGGUGAACGGGCGGCCCCUGGAGAUGAUUGAGCCGCGCACACUGCAGUACAAGCUACUGGAACCUGUUCUGCUUCUGGGCAAGGAGAGGUUUGCUGGUGUAGACAUUCGUGUCCGUGUGAAAGGUGGUGGUCAUGUGGCCCAAAUAUAUGCUAUCCGUCAGUCCAUCUCCAAAGCCCUGGUGGCCUAUUACCAGAAAUAUGUGGACGAGGCUUCCAAGAAGGAGAUUAAAGACAUCCUCAUCCAAUAUGACCGGACUCUGCUUGUAGCUGACCCCCGUCGCUGUGAAUCCAAAAAGUUUGGAGGCCCUGGUGCCCGAGCUCGCUACCAGAAAUCUUACCAAUAAAACCAUCAUGUGGGUUGGGGAUCACCUGUACAAUAAACAAUGGUUGUAGGAUUUAAAAAAAAAAAAAAAAUA